CCCGCUCGCCGUUAGGGAGGCUCUGCGCCUCAGCCUCCACCGCCUCCGCCGCUCCCGCCCACUUCUCCGCGUCUGCCGCCGCCGCUGCCCGGGGUCUCCGGGGGGUCGCUACCGGGCUGGCCCCGCGCCACUGCAGUCGCUUCAGCCUCGCGCUAGAGGCCGCUUCGGGAGGAGACCCGCCGGCCGCCGUGCCACUUAGGGCCUCGGUUCUCGCCUUGUCGUCGUCGCCAAGGGUGCUGGAGAAGCGGCCAAGGCCGGGGAACGGGGCUUCGCGGUUCCAACGAUUAACUGCUGAAGUACUGAUCGAGUUCUGCGUUUCUUCAAUGAGGAACUACAGGCUGAUCUUCUGCCAUAAUCUCAAACAACCAUAAAUGACAAAAAGAUGCUUGCUCAGUGAGGGUAGCUGGUGCAGAAGCCGUUUUUUAAACUUAGGUGUUUAAGUACUCAAAGAAAAGACAGCUUUGAUUUCUGGCUGCAAAAAAGCUAUGAGGAAGAGCUCCUCCCCUUCCUUGAGUAACUGCAACUCCGAUCUUGCUAGCAAAAUAUUUGGAAUUCCACUUGAUGAGCUGCAGCAGGGAGGACAUCCAGACAAUGAGGUUCCGUUCAUAGUCCGCCACGUUGUGGACUAUAUUGAGGAACAUGGAGGUCUGGAGCAACAAGGGCUGUUUCAAGUCAAUGGGAAUGCUGAGACAGUGGAGUGGCUCCGGCAGAGAUACGACAGUGGAGAAGAGGUGGAUUUGGUUAAGGAGGCAGACGUCCCCUCAGCCAUCAGUCUCCUUAGAUUUUUCCUGCAGGAGCUCCCUGAGCCCGUCAUACCUGGCAGCUUGCAUAUUCACUUGCUGCAGCUUUCUCAAGAUUAUAAUAAUGAAGAUGAAUUUGGAAGAAAGUUGAGGUUCCUCUUACAGCAGCUUCCACCUGUUAAUUACAGUCUGUUAAAGUUUCUGUGUAGGUUCUUAGCCAAUGUAGCAUCACACCAUGAAGAAACUUGGUCUGCAAAUUCUUUGGCUGCUGUUUUUGGUCCAGAUGUCUUCCACAUUUACACAGAUGUGGAAGAUAUGAAAGAGCAGGAAAUUGUGAGCAGGAUAAUGGCGGGACUUCUGGAAAAUUAUUAUGAGUUUUUUGAGAAUGAAGAGGAAGAUUUUUCAUCAAAUGAUUUAAGUUCAAUUACUGAGCAGGUUAAUGAACUUUCUGAGGAAGAAGAGGAAGAUGAAAAGCUGGAGCAUAUAGAAGAGCUUCCAGAAGAAGGUGUAGAAAAGUCAGCUGGCAUGCCAGAGGUGUUGCAGUUAAGGAUGACUGAAAACAUUCUGGAAUCAGACAGUGUUACAGCAUCAACAAGGGUUGAUGCUGCUGCUGCUGCUGCUACUACUACUAAUGCCAGUGAUGGUAACAUAAAGUGUUCAAAACCUGUGGGUGGCACUACUGCACAUAAUGAUGUCAUGCAGCAAGAUUUUGUAUUUGAGGAUCAGAAAAAUACUGAGUCUGUAGGUAUACUGUUAGAGCCUUGUAGUGACCACGGGGAUAGUGAAGAUGGCUGUCCUGAGAGGAAGGAAUAUUUAUUAUAUGACAGUGAUAAAUUGCCACACUUGAUUCUGGAUUCUAGUAGUAAGAUACGUGAUUUGAAUGCCAACACUGAAUCAGAAGUAACCGAAGGUCAAAGUGUUGGUAUUCAAGGAGAAGCAGCAUGUGUACAAAUUGCACGUUUAGAUCUGAAGAAUGUUUCUGAUGGUGAUAAAUGGGAAGAGCCAUUUCCUGCAUUUAAGUCUUGGCAGGAAGACUCUGAGUCUGGAGAAGCUCAGCUUUCUCCACAGGCUGCAAGGAUGACUCACCAUCCCCUAGGAGAGGACUGCCCUCCAGUAUUAGCUCAUCGCAGUUUAGAUUUUGGGCAAAGCCAACGUUUCCUACAUGAUCCAGAAGCAUUGGAUUUCUCGUCAAAGGCACUUUCCUUCACUAGAAUUCGAAGGUCAUCCUUCAGUUCAAAAGAUGAAAAAAGAGAAGAUAGAACACCUUAUCAGUUGGUCAAGAAACUUCAGAAAAAAAUCAGACAAUUCGAGGAGCAAUUUGAAAGGGAAAGAAAUAGCAAGCCCUCCUACAGUGACAUUGCAGCCAAUCCGAAGGUAUUAAAAUGGAUGACAGAGCUUACAAAGUUGCGGAAGCAAAUUAAAGAUGCAAAACACAAAAACUCUGAUGGAGAAUUUGUGCCUCAGACACGUCCUCGGAGUAACACUCUUCCAAAAAGUUUCGGCUCUUCUUUAGACCAUGAGGAUGGUGAGAGUGAAGGGGAGCCCAGAGUCAUCCAGAAAGAGAAGAAGCCAUCAAAGGAAGCAACUCUUGAGCUGAUUACAAAACGACUGAAGGAAAACCGUGCUGAGCGGCACCUUCCUGAGGAUAUCAAGAAAAUGACAAAAGAUCAUUUGAUAGAAGAGAAAACGUCUCUGCAGAAAAGUCUGCUCUACUAUGAAAGUCAACAUGGAAGGCCGGUGACCAGGGAAGAAAGGCACAUUGUUAAGCCUCUCUAUGAUAGAUACAGGCUUGUAAAACAGAUGCUGACAAGAGCUAGCAUUACUCCUGUCCUUGGGUCUCCCUCCACAAAGCGCCGAGGUCAGAUGUUACAGCCAAUCAUAGAAGGAGAAACGGCACACUUUUUUGAAGAAAUCAAGGAAGAAGAAGAAGAUGGUGUCAACCUCCCCUCUGAGUUAGGUGACAUCUCGAGCACAACUGUGCACACACAGUCGUCCUUGGAAAACUCAGAAUCUGAUGCUGAAGAAAAUCAAGAAAAACUGGCUCGGGAUCUGUGCUUAUCAAGUACUCGGGCAGCUUCGAUGCCUGAAUUACUGGAGCAACUUUGGAAAGCCAGAGCUGAGAAAAAGAAACUACGUAAGACACUACGGGAGUUUGAAGAGGCGUUCUAUCAACAAAAUGGAAGGAAUGCCCAGAAGGAGGAUCGUGUUCCAUUGCUUGAGGAAUAUAAGGAAUACAAGAGAAUUAAAGCCAAGCUUAGACUUCUUGAAGUUCUUAUCAGCAAACAAGACUCUUCAAAAUCCAUAUAAAAUAUGUUCCUUGAAAGUUGACAUCAUAAAGUGAUUGUGUUCCCUGACAGUUCA